AUGAACGCUAUCACCACCACCUCGAUGACUUGGACCGAACCUCCAAAACGAACAGGUCUCCCGCCGGUUGCGAAAUAUGUCUGUGGCGCGGCUUUCAUCCUAUCAGCUGGCCUAGCCGUCCCGUUCUUUUACGCCAAAUCUCGAGCUGUGGGUCCUAAAACCGGAGUCCAUAUAUCAAGAAACGUAGCCGGAGGACCAAGCGCAGCAUUACUCGGUCGUCCAUCGCACCUCGGCUCGACACCAACCUUGACUCGCACCUCGGGCCCCAAAAACCCCACAGACGAACCCCCCGCAGAUACACUUGGCGCAAUCAAACAUGCGUUCAAGGCUCUGGGAGCAGCGACGUUGAUUGUGGAACUACGACCGGGUUGGGUGUUUUGGCUGUUGUAG